AUGCUUUGGCGUGUGCUGAUGGUGGUCGCGGCUGCGGCAGAGAUCUCGCCUGCUUUGCUGCCAGAUGACGAGUGCAACGGCUUUGAAGACGGAUGCGCUUUGAAUGCUGUUCAGCUGCGUGGUGCCCUGCUUGUGAACAGCACGGAGGAGACGAACAGCAGCUGGGGACCGCCUGCGUGCACAUUCCAAGGCAAAUCUUACCGCCACGACGAAUGGGAGCACUGCAUGCACUGCAACUACAAGUGGUGUCAAUGCAAUCAUGGCCACUGGAGCAAGUGCUCCAAGUUUGAGCCCCCAAAAUGCACCUACGGCUGGAAAACCUACCACCACGGAGAAUGGGAGCAUUGCACCGGCUUCAACUGUGACUUCGAGUGGUGCCAGUGCUACAAAGGCAAGUGGAAGAACUGCCAUGGCCACGGCAAUCAUGUAGGUUACAAGAUGGACGAUGCGGGUCGCCCGGCCGAGAAGGCCACUGCCUUUCAAAUGGCUCAGCAAGUCGUCGGCCUCGCUCUCUUCGUCUGGUCCUGGCUGAAGUGUUGGUGGGACACUGCCGUCAACGCGAGCUGGAUUGCUCAGGAGGGCUACGACAUCAAGUACGCCGCGCCCCUGGGCGUCCUGGGCAUCGGCGUGGUGAUGACCAGCAUCAUCGGUGUGCUGGAGUUCAGUCAGGAUGGCCACUAUGUGGGUGCCCUCAUCUCUGCCGUGGACUUGGACACGCCGUACGUCAUCCUCACCCAGGCGAAGCCCAUCGUCCGCGGGGAGGAUGUCAAGUCGUGGCAGAAGCUGCAAAUGCGAAAUGCAAUCUGGAGGUCGGUGCCCCUCGCCUGCAUCACUUUCUUCCUCGCGCUGCGCGAUUUGGUGGAGAUCCCCUCCUGCCAGCUGCUCUCCUGCGCGUCGAUCUUGGGCACGGGGAUCUUCGUUGAUGGGCAGGGCACCUUCGCACAGGCUGCCGCAGCGCAGGGGAUGAACGUGACGAGGCUGUAUCGCUGGUACGAGAUCCGCCAGUCCGUGACCGAGAAAAGCCUCACAGAUCUCUUCCAGCCGAGCUUUCGAAGGAAGUACAUGGAGACCGAGGAGCUCAUCUGGAAGAGCGCCCACUGCAGCGAAUCGCAAUGGCAUCCUGCCAACAAGUUGUACCUGCAAGACCUCUCGGAGACGUGGAUCAUGAACCCCGUGACGCGCCCCGAGGAUGGCAAGCUCGGAGGCAUGGGCGAAGGGAAUCUCCUCAUGACCAACAUGCAGUUCACCGACAUGACGAAGGGCAAGCUAGGCCGCAACAUGGCGAUCCGCGACACCAUGCUCGACCUGACUUACAAGGCACCGGGCGUUAGCAUUUUCGUCCGCAAGCGACAGCUCUGCGUGUUCUUGGGGUUGCGUGUAGAUUGCGUGGCAUCAUGCGCUUGGCGGGUUGCAUGGAUUGCGUUGCUUGUGGACAUGUUGAUUGCGUGGCAUGUGAUUUGGUCAGCUGUUUCCUCGUGA